CAUUGGAUUUAAAAAUGGCGUUCAAAAUAGCGACGUUAAAAUUCAAUAUUCAUAAAUGGUCUAGUUACUCUUAUAACUAUAUUCCAGAAAAUAUAUAUGUUGACAAACCAGCUGAUCAAUCUUCCAGAUGGUCAUCAGAUUCUAAUCAUCCUCCACAGUUUCUGUUACUGAAGCUGGAACAGGCAGCAAUUGUAGAUUCAAUAACAUUUGGGAAAUAUGAAAAGACCCAUGUAUGUAACCUGAUAAAAAGUUUAAAGUGUUAUGGUGGCCUAAUGAACGAUCAUAUGAUAGAAUUAUUAGAGAGUGGAUUGAAGAAUGACCAUAUACCAGAAACAUUUCCCCUGAAGAAUGAAAUAGACAGUAAUCAUUUUCCAUGUAGAUAUAUAAAAAUAGUGCCACUUCAGACUUGGGGUCCAAGUUUUAAUUUUAGCAUAUGGCAUGUUCAACUGAAUGGUAUAGAUGAUCCAGAUGUUGUUAAACCUUGUAUGAACUGGUACAAUACAUAUAGAGAAAAAGAAGCAAUUAGAUUAUGCCUGAAACAUUUUCGUCAGCGACAGUAUGUUGAAGCAUAUGAGGCGUUACAGAAGAAGACACGGGUAGAUCUUGAACACCCAAUCCUAACAGAGCUUCAUGGUCUGCUGGUUACACAGGGAAAUUACGAUGCCUGUGAAGAUCUCAUAACUAAAGCAUGUGAAGAGGGUUUGUUUGAGCAGUACAUUAGUGACCAGGAUUACAAACCAAAAUGGACAGCAAUUGAACCUGUAAGUUCAGGGUCAGAGAGUACAGAUUGUCGUCCAGGUAUGAGAGGUGGACAUCAGAUGGCCCUUGACAUUCACACAGAGAGUUUAUAUUUAUAUGGUGGCUGGGACGGCAACCAGGACCUGGCUGAUUUAUGGUGCUAUAAUUCUCUAAACAGACAAUGGACGUGUUUGUCUCGGAAUGCAGCUGAGGAGAGUGGACCCUCUGCUAGAUCGUGUCAUAAAAUGUGCCUUGACUAUGAAAGAAAACAAAUUUUUACUCUUGGUAGAUAUCUAGACUCGUCAAUGAGAACAGAGGCCAAUUUAAAGAGUGAUUUUUACAUGUAUGAUAUAGAAAACAAUAAGUGGAUGUUAAUUACAGAAGACACAUCUGCAAUGGGAGGGCCUAAGCUUAUCUUUGAUCAUCAAAUGGUUAUAGAUAUAAAAGAGCAAACACUUUAUGUAUUUGGUGGUAGAGUUUUAACCUGUACAACAGAAGGGGAGAGAAAUGUUACUCCACAGUUCAGUGGAUUAUUUUCAUACCAUAUACCAACAAACACGUGGACUAAAUUACGAGAUGACUGUACAGAAUUGAGGUCCAGAAUAGGCCACUCUAUGUUGUUUCAUCCUAAAAAGCGUGCAUUGUUUAUCUUUGCUGGUCAAAGGUCAAAGGAAUAUUUAAAUGAUUUUCUAAUGUAUCAUGUGGAUGAUAGUAGUGUUGAGAUUAUCUCGGACGGAACAAAGAAAGAUGUCAGUGUAACGGGUAGACCUGAUAAUCCAGGCUAUCAACAUAUAAGAAAUUUCCUCAAAGAUCCUAGCAAAAAAUCAGUUCCUGCUGCUGGGUUUACACAAAGAGCAACACUAGAUCCUGACACAGAUGAGAUACAUGUACUCUCUGGUCUAAGUAAAGACAAAGAUAAAAGAGAUAAUGUGAAAAAUUCAUUUUGGGUGUAUGAUAUAAAUAAAUGUAAAUGGUCCUGUAUAUAUAAGAAUGAGAAUACUGGACAGCAGUACUGGACCAAGAUGCAGCAUGUAGAACCUGUUCCAAGGUUUGCCCAUCAACUUGUAUAUGAUCAUGUCAGAAAGGUGCAUUAUUUAUUUGGGGGCAAUCCAGGAAAGGAAAGUCUACCUAAAAUGAGAUUAGAUGAUUUUUGGUGCUUACAGUUAUGCCGGCCAUCUCCUGUAAACUUAUUGCGGCGAUGUAAAUAUUUAAUGAGGAAAUACAGAUUUCAAGAAUUAUCAAGCCAGGACCAGCAGAAGGCCAUGUUAUAUUUACAGCGAGAUCUGGCAGCUGUAAUAGACCAUAAUAGUGAAGCUGAAACACAAGAGUUUCAUUUGCUUGCUUCCACAUUGUUUUCGAGUGGUCUAGAGGAUGAAGAAAUGUAUGAUAGCCAAAGUUCUUUCAGUGAAUCAAAUACAUCAGAAUCUUACCAUAAAAGGACAGAAUUGUUUGAUCUACUCGUAGAAUUCUUCCCUGAAAACAUGACUCAACCCAAAGGUAACCUUGUCGAUUUAAUACCACUGUGUUGAUGACAUUGGAGGCAGUUUGGAGAAUUCACCCCAUAUUGGGGGCUAUCUUUUGCUGUUUCUUGUAACACACAAGACUUUCUGUUCAGAAAUUGGUGAACGGUGGUGGAUAUUGGUGAUGAAAUUUGUGAACUGUUCAGAAUACGAAGAUGAUUAACAGAUUAAUUAACUUAUAAAGUGGAUAAUUCAGAUGAUCUAGGAAAUAUGAAGAUUUUAAUGAUUGAGGCAUGAAUUGUAUUUAAAUUUUUAUCACUGCAAAAUGAAUACUACAAUCUUGAAAUAAAAGGAUUUGAUGAAAUAUAUAUUUACUUGUGACAGUUGAGAAUAGUGACGUUUUCCGAUAACUUUGAAACAAAUUAUUUGAAACAUUGAUGAUUUGGAUUGUGAGGUAAUGAAUUGUGAAAAGUAUUAUUUGUGAAUAAUGGGCAUUUUUUAAAAAGUGAAGUUUUGAAUGCCUUAUUUGAUGAAUACAUGAAAAUGAAAAAGUGUUUUCUUAAAUUUUGACACUGGACAAAAACAUCUGAGAAGGCAGGGCACCUUCUGACAUAAUGAUAAGUUAUUAUCCCCCACGGAAAGGUGACGGGGGAUAUAGAACUUGUAGAAAUAGCCUUCGUCCGUCCUUCCAUCCGACAUUUUUGUCCGGAGCAUAUCUCAAAAGUAUUUGAGGUAUCAACUUGAAACUUCAUAGGUGGAUAAAGCUCAUUGAGGAGGAGUGCAGUGCACAAUAAUAAUAACUCUACCCUGCAUAAUUUUUUAGUUAUUGCCCUUUGUUAUUUUUCAUACUUAAUUUUUCACCUGAAUGGAGCAUAACUCAAAAAGUGUUUGAGAUGUCAACAUGAAACGUCAUAGGUGGAUAGAUCAUAUUGAGGAGGAAUGCUGUGCGCAAGAAUGAUAACCCUUCCCUAUAUAAUUUUUUAGUAAUUGCCCUUUGUUCUUUUUCAUACUUUUUGUUCGGACCUUAUCUCAAAGUGUUAGAGGUAUCAACUUGAGACUUCAUAGGUGGAUAGAUCUUAUUGAGGAAGGAUGCAGCACACAAGUAUGAUAACCUACCUUUCAUUAUUUUUCAGUUAUUGCCCUUUGUUAUUUUCAGCCAUCAGUAUUCACAUAGGUUUCAAAUCUGUGAUCACUUCAGCCAUCAGUUUUCAUUACCAAAAGACCUCUUAAAAUUGAAUUAUUCUGCUGUACGACAUAUACAUUCUUACAAUGAGCAAACACAUUCGGCGGGUGAUGGCCAUGUUGACAUGGCUCUUGUUUUAAUGGUGAUUUUUUCUUUGGCUUUUAUCAGAAGCUAUCAGAAGGAAUGUAUAAGAAUGCAUUUUUUU